UCCAGGAACAGCUAUUCGGAUUUGAUGUACAGGUUAAUACGGCAUAAGAGAAGACUGUAAUCUGACCUGAAGUCUAGUACGGGUCAUAAAGCGAAAAGGUACUUUUAUGUGCGGUAAUAUUAUGUCAGCGUCCCUACCAGCAAUUGUGCCCGCCGCUUGUAGAGCCACGGCCGCGGUGAUAUUCCUCCAUGGCCUAGGAGACACAGGAAAUGGAUGGGCUGAAGCUAUGGCUGGGAUCAGGACACCUUAUGUAAAGUACAUUUGCCCUCAUGCCCCAGAUUCUGAAGUGUGCAUCGAUGGACACUUUUCAAUCCCAGAAGCCCAUGCGAGACGAUACGUCAUCAUCGAACGUGAUGGAGAACAGCGACGUGGGUGUUUACAAAUAAACCCUGGGGAUUUCCUAAUUGCGACACCAGAGGUUCCUGAUUAUGCGUACACACGCGGCGGAGCCCUCUCUCUCUACACCGCUUUGACAACUCAUCAGAAGCUGGCUGGUGUGGUUGCUCUCAGCUGCUGGUUGCCCCUCAGGAACUCCCUAUCAAAGUCAAUGAUUAGCAAUAAUAAGGAUAUAUCGGUGCUGCAGUGUCAUGGCGAAGCAGAUCCUCUGGUUCCUCUUAUUUUUGGCCGUCUCACUGUAGAGAAACUCAAAGUCAUGCUGAAUCCCUCCAAUAUCACUUUUAAAACAUACUCUAGAAUGCCUCACUGUGCUUGUCCUGAGGAAAUGAUGGACAUCAAGCAGUUUAUUAAGAAGCAGCUCCCCAAAAUCAAUUAAUCAACCAUUUAUACUGUAAUUGUCCAUUUAACAAAAAAAGUACACAAAAGAUGUUCUUACCUUCUUAGAGUACUUAUUAUUAAGAUACUAUAUUAAAAAUAUACUAAAGUGCAUGUAGUGUUUUUAGACACUUAAUUGCAUGUUGUUUAUAAUUAAAUGAAAAUGUAUUGCUUUCCAAAUACUCUGCACCAGGUGUGUCAAACUCCUGGAGGGCCACAGCCCUGCAGAGUUUAGAUUCAACCCUAAUUAAAUGGCCCUCCAGGAACUGAUUUUGACACCCCUGCUCUACUCUGUAGCAUCUGAUGAGCCCAAAAGUUUUGUCAUGUGACCUGGGGCCAUAAACUCCCUGACCCUUAAGGAUGAACCCUGUAACAUCACAGGAAUGGCCCAAAGAGAGAUUCCUGAAGGCUCCGAUCAGGUCUGGGAGGGAAUGGCCUCCCACAGACUUUUUUUUUUUCACUUUUUACUUUGAUGUUGAUGUUAUGCCCUGUUUACACCUGGUGUUAAGAUGUGUUUUCAUCAAUCUGAUCAUAAUUGGAUAAUGCUACAUAAAGAUGGGCUCUAAAAUGCUUUAUGCUUGUCCACUUUCGACCCCUUCCAGAGGUAAUGGAAAACUCAUUCGACCAGAUUGCAUUCAUAAUGUGGAUGCUCAUGUGAUCGAAUGCAUUCCAGCAGCCACUAAAGUCCACCUACGCGCCACUGACUGAGCUAAUUCUUAAUCUUUACGAUGUUCAUUUCCUAUCUGUUAAUCGACAAACUUAGAAUGUUAAAUUAGGUUUAAACCCACUAGUUUAAGGAAACCGAGACAGCAAAGCGCAUAUUGUUUUGCUUUAUUUUACAAAGGCAUGGUUUUGUUUUUAUUGUGAGUAUAUUUAAAU